AUGUUCGCUUCGAUCGUCGAGCACGCGAAUGUCACAGGAGUCCUCCUCCGAUGUCAAAACAUCGAAAUAGACCAGGCGAAUGAAUACGCCGACUCCUUCAAGAUGGUGCUCAGGUGGACGCUGUCGACGUUCAGGGCGGACAGGUUUAAUGCUUGCGUCGAGGAACAGGAUAUCCAAGUCCAUGUGACUGUGACUGACAAGAAUGGGUAUAUGUACAGUGGGGAGGAAUGA